CAGCUAACGUGUAUGCGGCACAGGUUCAAUUAAAUAGGUUUGCAUCGAUAUACCCGCUUUAAGCUUCUAUCAACUAUGAGCGAUUUAGUAUCAGACUAAUAGAUGAACCAGCAUACGGAUACAAGAUGAUUUAGGUGUGGCAUCAUCGGGAAUCAUAUUCUAUGAAUAUUUAAAUAUUUUACGAUACGAGUGUCCUACAAAAACAGGAAUGAUACAGGCUCUAUGUAUGAAGCAAAAGAGAAUGAUAUAUGUACACGUUGAGCGAAUUGGAUGUUGCUUAUGGAUCGCUCAUGCAUGGCGAUGAUUGAAGGCGUACAGUGGAUGCGUUCAUAUCUAUGAUAGGGUAUGCAGCUUAUCAUGAUGAUUGAUAUAAAUGAGCAAAAUCAUAGACGUGUUACAAUGUGAUAAAGUUGGAGUUAUGGAACAUGAUGACUUGAUGAAAGGUGACCAUCCAAAGCCAAUUAAAAUGAGUACAGGUUUACAUUCUAAACUCAGCAUAGCUAUAGAGCCUGUAAGCGAUAACGAAACCAUAGACCAUGGCGUCGCCGAUGAUGAUGUUAAAAUCGUCAUCAAUGUUGGGGGAUUGCGACACGAGACCGUCGUUUCCACGCUCCAGAGAUACCGCAACACCCGCCUCUGUUCUUUGGCCGAUCGCCAUCUUGAGGUGGACAAGAAGGAAUAUUUCUACGAUCGCCACCCUGGUGUGUUCAGUGGCAUUAUCGACUUUUACCGAAGUGGUGAACUACACGUUCCGAUGGAUGUUUGUGGAGCCUUGGUAAAAAGGGAACUUGACUUUUGGCAGAUUGAUGAAUCAAACAUACUGCCCUGUUGCUGGACCAAAUAUAGUUCUUACAUUGAUAAUCAGAUGAUUCUUGCUGAAUUUAAUGACAGUCUGAUGAACGACGAUACACUGAAAGAAACGAUUCGACUGCAGAGAGAAAACAGUACAACAAGGUGGACGGAACUUCAGUGGAAGGUGUGGCUAGUCCUCGACCACCCACGCUCAUCUAGAUAUGCAAUGUUCUAUGCAGUGACAUCAUUUGUGUUCGUCAUGGCAUCUAUCAGUGGCUACUGUCUUGAAACACUACCGAUACUUCAGAUUAAGGACAACAUCACAAGCGUUUGCGAAGGCAAAAACCAAACAAUUGUGCUGGAAAAGGCUAUUCCAUCCUUACAAAACAUGGACAUGAUGUGCACCGUCUUCUUCACGAUUGAAAUCAUUGUUCGCAUUGUAUUCGCUCCUAAGAAAUUGGAGUUCUUUAAGAGUUUCAUGAACAUCAUAGACAUUGUGGCCCUAUUACCGCUGUAUGUGCAGGUUAUUCUCACCUAUGCCCCUGCACCUGACAACUGUAUUAGCCACCAUAAAGCCGUACUCGAGCUGAUUUUUAUUCUUCGGAUCAUUCGUAUUUUUCGUAUUUUCCAUUUAGUCAAACAUUACAAGGCUCUGAGCAUCCUCGUCCAUGCUAUCAAAGCUAGUGUCCAGGAACUCCUCAUGCUGGCAAUCUUUCUGCUUAUUGCUAUGUUGGUGUUCUCUACGCUGAUAUUUUACAUCGAAGGUCAUCUCAGUGAAUCUACGGCCAACGGCAGUUUUGAGACUAUUCCAUUGGGGUUCUGGUGGGCAAUAAUCACCAUGACAACCGUAGGCUAUGGAGAUGUUCAUCCCAGGAGCGCUUUCGGAUAUGUGAUCGGAGCACUAUGUGCCCUUUCUGGCCUGCUCCUAGUCGCCCUUACUAUUCCAGUUAUAUCAAAUAACUUUGCAUUGUUUUACCGCCACGCAAGAACUAAAUCUAACCUUUCAGCAAGAAAAUCUAGAAGUAUGAAGUUGAUACGAAGGAAAACUUUGAAGAAAACACUGUCUGGCAACCCCGCUCCUCCCUCUCCUGCAAAGUCUGAUUUGGACAGUGAUGGAGGCGUGUGUUUCAGUCUCGAUACUCCUGCAAAGAGUUUAAACAGAAGAGCGAAACUAAUUGCAGAAUCAGAGGCUAACUCCAGCAGCGAAGUACUCCUGAUGACACCAAUUAAUAAAAGCAAGGCAAAUAAUAAUACAAUGUAAUGACACAAGUUGAUGUAUUCAAAAAGGAUCAUCACCUCAUUCGAUAUUUGAACAUCAUUUUUGUUUAAUUACAUGAUGUACGAGGAUCCAUAUUUGGCAGUAUAUAUAAUCAAUGUGACAAUAAGGAACUGUCCUUGGAAGAUUUGUUGCUGAGAUGAUUGAUUUUUGCAAUGAUUAUGUGGUCCACUGAAGGACUGAUAUGUUACCAUAUAACAAGGCUAUUCUGAAAGUAGAUGAAUGUGUAUUUACAGCUAAAACAGCACUUCUUAAAUUGAAGAUUAGCUAGUUGUUACAGGAUGGCUGUCUCGUUUCGAGGAGCAACAAAUACAUUAUGCAGUGGUUGAUGAAACGUUAUAUAGCUUCCAAGGAACCAAACAUGUUUUAUGACUUUCCCUCCCAAGGGACCACAUACACGUUUUUCAUAUGAACAUUUCAAAUGUACAUUUUUUUCCUAGGGCCCAUUUCACCGUCUUGCCUGCUCAUGCGUUGAUCUUUUCAUUGAAGAAAAGAAUUUUAUUCAUCUUAGGCACUUUCCAACAUUCACUAUUUUACUAUUUUUAUACUCUAUUUUUCUUAGAUGUAGUAAUUUCAGAAACAGAACCAUGUAGAAGUGAAUGAUUAUACUUAGACGUUAGACACUUUCCAAUGCCAGUCAACUUCGUAUUUAAGAUGACGGACGGGGAGUGACUACUUUAUAGUUGACGCAAUGCUUUCAUAUUUGAACUAAUCCAGAGUUUCCAUGUCAAAUACGUCGGAUUUAGUUUAAAUAUCAAUUUGAAAGCAUUACGUCAACUUUAAAGUAGUUUAAUUCGAUGAAAACUAAAAAUAUCGAAAUCGAAACAAAAUGCGAAUGUGACGGCCGUAACCUUCGCUUGAUACAGUGACCAGUUAGUGCAAAGAGACCUAGCGUUAGAUAAAUACUCAGUUCGGUCACAGGAUCGAACAAGUAAGUGUCUGUGAAGUUGAUAGAUACAUGAUAUGUACCUUGUGUAAGAACUCUUCAAUAAAUGUACGGUAUAAUAAGUUGACCUUGAUAUUGAUUUAAUCGCGUUUGCCUUUACAGAACUGUAGAAAUUGUGAUGACGCCAUCUUUUAUAGUUACUGUUAGGCUUAUCAUCCUCUUUCUGAUGACAUUGCUGAAACGUUCAAUUAUAUUGGAAAGCUGAGUAAAAGAUGGAAAUCUUAAAUCAUAC